UGACGAGCCACGGAGCAGACGUUGGCCUUCUCUGUGAUUGGGUGAAAAGGGGAAAGCAGUCCAUCACCAGACAUCAGAAGUAAUCUAAUAAACUUGGCUUGACUCUCCCCUCGCUCUCUUUUGGAGUUUGGAAGAUUACGUGCUGCUCCUCAGACAACCUGACAGCUUUGGAUUAAUAGCACGGUUUAAGGUUGAAUACUCAAGGUGGUCUUCUCGAGGCAGUAUCCCUGAGACAGCGACAGGAAAGCCUCUCAUCUCAGAUCGCAGAUAUCCAUUGCAUUGUUAGCAAGCGGAAGACUACCUUGCUGGUGUGAGCUUUAAACUGACUGGCAUCUGUCCUUACCAAAUAAAAGAUAAUUGUCGUGAAGAUGAGACGGCUUUCACAUGUUCGGUGUGUUCUUUACCUGAUGUUGCCAUCAAUUCUUCUAUCGUCUGCGCUUGAAACGUUGAACUCACUGCAAGAACUGCAGAACAGCGGCUUCGGUCAACCUCCGCCUCGACAUGGACUCAAAUUGCUGAAAUGGUAUGUUCGGAAAUGUCUGGACAACAACAUGGUUGCCCUGUGCUACCCGACUAAAGGGGAGUACGGGUUUCAUGUUUUUCAAAACCGAAAGCCCGAACUGCUUCCGACGAUAAUGGACAAAAGUCAGUACAAGUACUAUACAAUCGGAAACCUUAAUUCUCCGCAUGCUCAAGACCUGCCAUAUGAAGUGAGGAAAUACUACAAUCGUAGCAAUCCAAAAAGUAAUCAGGACAGAGUUGUGGUCAAGUACAACUCCAAUAAUAAACGCAUUACUGACAUCUAUGUAUCUGCACAUUAUGUGAAAAACCAGACGUACAUUAUUGGCACCGAUCUUCUUGCUUAUCUGAGACACCUCACUGGCGCCUGAUUGCAUUUUAAUUAAUUUAAUGUACAAUCUCUCUUUUAACCAUUUAUGAUUCUAUUCUCUAUGUGAUUUGAAUGUUUUACAUCAAUUAUUAUUUUUUUGGUACUUAUAGGUCACACACAAUGUUGUUGAUUAUUUCUUAUUCUUUAAUUAACAAUCACCUUCCUGAUUUCUGACGUCAUUGUAUUGUAUGGUAAAGUUGAUUUGCUACUGACAAGUUUAUUGAGGAACAUCACACUUAUGUUUGAAGAAGAGGAGGAAGAAGCACAGUUUUUUUUAAUCCCGCCCUUCAUCUUGUCUGUUAUUUUUUCAUAUCUUGUGUUUAACAUGUUGUCACUUACAAUACAAUCGCAUUUGUUUAUAUUGUGUUAUUAAAAAGUACAUCCAC